UGAGUGUGUAUGAAAAUGUGCAAGGUAGUGAGAUUGUUCACUUGCAUUGUAAAGAGCGAGGGGGACACACCUAAAAGCAGAGAGUCUGAAAUGAUGAUGGUUGGUGAUUGUCGUAGGUUGCGUAGGAGGAUCGAGUCUUACAGGCGAAGACAAAGUGACUGCAUGCCGCGCUUCGAUCAAUCGUUCAACGGGCUGUGCGAGCAGAACCUCCAGGACACUCUGCAGCUGAAGCAGAGGUAUCUGGAUCAGAAGACCAAGAGGCCCGCAAAGCCCAAAGACAAGAAGCAGCAGGACACGAUCCAGAGCAGCGUGCACGUGCAGCAGAAGUUCCUGAAGCGAUCCGCGGAGGAUCACGAUCCGGGCGGACCCGGUGGUCAGGACAACAACAGCUUCGAGCCGCCGGUGAAGUUGCAAUGCACGACUCAGCACGGCUCCCACCAGCCGGAGGGGUUGACCAAGUUCUCCGUCGAGAUCGUACAGCAGCUCGAGUUCACGACGUCCGCGGCGAAUUCGCAGCCGCAGCAGAUCUCGACGAACGUGACGGUGAAGGCGCACACGAAUGCGUCGGUGAAGAGCGACGUCGCCUCGCCCAAAUCGAAUCCGUCGACGCCAGGAAACAACAACAACAACAAGAAUCUGAGUAUGGGCGUCGGCGGAGUCGGUAUGGGUGUCGGAGUCAACAGCGGAGGAGGCAAUGUUGACGUGAGUAACCUAGUGGAGUGCGUGAAGCAGGAGCCGAACAAUGAUUUCGCGGACUUGGAGGAGUGCGCGGCAGCAGUGGAGAAGGACGCCGCGAACGGAGGCAUGGGCUUCGGCGGCAUCACCGAUCUCAUCGGGGACGACACCAACGACGAGAUCUUCACGUCGCCGGCCUUCAAGGAUCUCAUCUCAGAUAUCUCCAGCUAUCCCGAGUUCAACUUUGACUUUGAAGAUAAGCACGACGUCGAUCUCAAGGUGGAGGAUCUGAAGGACAUCCCUAUGGUCGGCGGCGGCGGAGAUCCGAAAGGUGGUGGCGGCGGCGGUGGUGGCAACACGCACAGUCCUCUGGUGCAGGGCCAAAACUAUUCGCCACCUGUGUUCGAGAACAAGGGACGGAUGCCGCCCUACUCGAACAUGGACUUCACCAAGACGGAGCUCAGUCCGGCCGCUCAAACUCUGAAGCAGAUGGCCGAGCAGCAUCAGCACAAGAACCAGAUGGGUCUGUCGUUCAAUCCGGGCGGCGGUCGAGCGCCCAAUUCCCGUUCCCCAUAUCCCGACUUCCAACUCGGAGACUACGGCAGUCCGAAUCCCCCGAAUCCCGGCAACUACAAGAGCAGUCCCAGCUUCCCGCAGGCGGCCGACAUGAUCAAGCAGGAGAUGAUCUUCCAAGGCAGCGAUUACGACAUGAAGCGGAAAGGCGGCAUCUACAAGCAGCAGUACAGCCCGUACGGCAGUCCCAGCCCCGGGAGUCACGGCAGUCCCGGAUACCUUCCGCGCAGUGCCAACACCGGGACAAACAACAACGGCACGUCCGGUGGUGGAGCGCCCAACAACGGCGGUGCCGGAUACAGCGGCGCGACGCCCCCGAGACCGCCCUCCGGUCCAGGAGGCGGUGGCAACAACAACAACAACGGCAGCAACAAUAGUAACGUCAACAACGGCACCACCCUCCAGAUCAAUCAGGCCCAAUCGAUGCAUAUCAGUCACGGACACAACAUUCAAGUGUCCGCUGGUCAACAUCUACACCUCAGUGGCGAUUUGAAGGGAAACGUUUCGAUAGCGACGCAACAGGGGCUGCAUUUCCAGCAGCAACAGCAUCAAAAUCAACAUCAACAUCAGAAUCAACAGCAGCAGCAGCAGCAACCGCAACAUCAGCAGCAGCAACAGUCGCAACAUCAACAGCAGCAGCAACAGCAUCAAAAUCAAAACCCCGCAGCGGGCGGUAACUCGCAGAACUCGGCGCAGAAUAAUAGUCAGCAGGGCAAUCAGCAGAACGUGUCUUCGAAUCCCUCAAACAAUAAUGCUCCUGGUAAUCAGCAAUCAAAUCAACAGCAGCAGCAACAUCCUUCGGCAUCGCUGCUGUCGGAUGUCGGACACGGUGGUCCCAUGCAGCAGCAGCCGAACAAUAUUCCCGGUAUGCAGCAGAACGUGAACCAUCAGAAUCCCACUAUGCAGGCGAACAGUGGAGGACCGAUGGGACCCGGCGGUAUGAUGGGUGGUAUGAACCAGCACCAUGGAAUGGGCGGAAAUCAGCACCUGGGGCCGCAAUCGCAGCUCGGCGAUAGUAGCUACUCGAUGACCCAAUCGCAGACGAUCAAUUUCACGCAGCAGUCGCUCAGGCAACGGAACGGCGGUGGGAUGGGACCGAUGGGCGGUGGUGGCGGACAGAUGGGCGGUCCGAUGGGUCCCAACAGUAUGAGACACAUGAGUCCCAUGGACCAGCAGAAGCUGGUGCAGCAGCAGCAGCAGAUGCUGAGGGCGCAGCAGCAGGCAAUGCAGCAGCAACAGCAGCCUCUGCUUCUGCGGCCGCCCCCGCCUGAUUACAAGACGACAGCCGGUAUGAUGCAAGGCAUGGGCCCGAGGUACGGAGGUCCAGGAGUCGCUCCGCCCACGAACAUCAGGCGGAUACCUCACCAACAGAUGCCACCUUCCGGUCCUAUGAUGAGGCCGCACAACAUGUACAUGAUGCAGCAGCAGCAGCAGCAACAACAGCAGCAGCAACAGCAACAACACAUGACCAGCAGAUCCAUGUAUCCAAGGCAGCAGGCGCCACCUCCGCAAUCCACGAUGGAUGCAAUGCCGCAGCACGGGAGCGCCGAGUGGCGUCACAUGAUGAUGGCGCAACAACAGAGCAACAGUUUCAAUGCUCAGAUGAGGCCAAACUUCCACAACCAAGGAUUCAAUAUGAAUACGGCAGGGAUGCAGAUGCAAUCGAUGCAGCAGCAGCAACAGCAGCAGCAGCCACAGCCGCCUCCGCAGAUGCGAAGUCAGCACGGCGGAAUGGGUGGAGGAAUGGGUGGUCAGGGGCAGAUGAUGGGUCAGCAGGGAGUGGGGCCGAUGGCUCAAAUGAACUCGAUGAACCAGCAGAUGAUGAUGCAGCAGCAACAGCAGACGGUCGUGCAGCAGCAGCAACAGCAAGCCAAUACUCAGAUGUCGAUGACAAACAUCCACAUGCAGCAAUCUCAAUCGUUGUCGGUGUCGAGUCAAUCGAUGCACCAACAACAACAACAACACCACCAACAGCAGCAACAGCCAAUGGGCAAUCAGCAAUUGGUGAGCGCCGCCGCCGCCAACAAUUCGGCAAGCAGCAACGAGCUGUUCGAUAUGUUGGGUAUUCAAGGAGAUAGCGGGCUCACGGAGCAGGAACUGCUCAACACCUUUGCCUCGGACUCCUUUAAUCUCAACGAUAUCGGCUUCUAAUCUAUCGCCGCCGCCGCUCUUCAUCAUCAUCAUCAUCAUCCAUAUCCUCCACAAAAUCCCCAUCCCAUUUCCACCAUCGCGCGUCACGCCACAAGAGAAAUAUUUAUAGAUUUUUUAUAUAUAUACAUAUAUUAUAUAUUUUUGUAUAUAGAUUUUUAUUGCUAUUGUUUCGUUGAAAUCAACAGAUCGCGUUUAUUUAUAUUAGUAAUAUCGUUAGGGAGAAAAGGUAUCUCGCAAAAAUAAAACGUAAUUAAGAGGAUGAUGAUCUGCUCGACCAAAAGGACAAAGAAUGAGAAUAAUGUAUAAUGAAUGAAAUCACUGCCACGAAAGACAUAAAACACACACACACUCACACACACAUACAUACAUACCAAAU